AUGGCCUUCGGAGAGCUGCUCCGUGCGCGCUCCGGACGGCACGACCGGAUCACCUCCCCCUCUUUCCGAGCGAUUCUGCCCCGCGGCGCUGUCGGUCUUGGUCGGAACCAUCGCCGCCGGUCUCGGCUUCAUCACAUGAUGCCUUCAAGGCCUAACCGUCAUCUUGCAACUCACGGCGGAUCUCCCGCACGUCCUCGCAGCCAGGGAUUCGUGGUCAAGCCCGGGAAGCGCGCGCCUACUGCGAUCAAGGUGGCUGACGGCGUCAUUCCGUCCGCGGCGCUGUACUCUGCCGACGGGGAGUGCACCGAGGUUGGCGACCGCGCGGUCCGCGCGUUCGAGAACCCCGGCGCCUCCCUGGGCUUCCUCCUCACCGACGCCAAGCGCAUGCUCGCGCGCGGCACGGCGGACCUGCCCACGGGCCUCAGGGAGAGCGCGAACUGCCUCAUCGAGGACGACGAGCACGGCUACGCGUGCUACGUGCUGGCGCGCAGGCCGUCCGAGGCGCCGGGCGCCAAGCGGGUCAAGCCGCAGGCGGUGCUCGCGGAGGUGCUGAGGCGCGUCUGGGUGCUCGCGCAGACCAAGCUCACCGCCGCGGAGACGGUCCGCAAGGUGGUGAUCGCCGUCCCGCACGGGUACUCGAAGAAGGCGCGGGAGCUGACGCUGGAGGCGGCCGAGAGCGCGGGCAUCCCGGGCGACACGGUGGAGCUGAUUCCGGAGCCCGUCGCGGCGUCGCUGACGUGGGCGUGGAGGCACGGCGACCCGGGCGCGAAGCACGACCACACGCUGCUUGUCGCGGACGUCGGCGGCGGCACCACGGACGUCACGAUCCUGCGCGGGACGUCCGGGCCGCGGGCGCACGCGCUGCCGGACAACGUCAAGGUCAUCGCGACUGCGGGCGACCCCGACUGUGGCGGGCGCGACGCCGACAGCCUGUUCGAGCCGUUGGUCCGCCGGAAGUGCGCGUUCCAGGAGAUCGACGAGGACGUGCCCGAGGUUCUGGGCGGGCUGCGGCAGGCUGGCGCGGUCCAGAACGUGCGCAGGAUGGCCCUGGGCCGCAGCUGGAUGCGCCACGUGCAGGACACCAAGAUCGGCGUGUGCCAGGUCGCAGCGGGCGGCACCACGCACACGAGCUACUGGACGAACCGGAACCGCGGCAGGCCGGCGACGUUUGUGUACCAGGAGUACGCCACUGCCGUGCAGAAGAUGCAUGAGGGGGUGGCGCAGGUCGUGAAGACGGCCCUGGCCGGCGCCAUCGAGAAAGGCGAGCUCAAGGAUGAGGCAGGACAGCACGGCUUGGACGUCGCCGUGCUGGUGGGCGGCGCGUCGGGCGACCCGGGCGUGCGCGAGGCCGUUGCCGGCGUCGUUGGCGACAUCGUCGAGCUCGACCUUGACGUGAACGAGGCGGUCGCGGAGGGCGCCGCGUGGUACGCAUGGACGCGGAAGGAGCGGCCCGACUGGCACGUGGAGGACGUGGUGCCGAUGGACGUCGGCAUCGAGAUCAAGUUGAACGGGCGCGCAAAGCAGAGGAAGAUCUGGAAGUGCAUCCCCGCGAACACGCCCGUCUCCGCGGCGGUCUUCGAGGACUCCGAGACGUUCUCGACGUACGUCAAGGACCAGCCCUACGCGACGUUCAACCUGUACGUCAGCCCGCCGGGCGGCCUCGCGCAGACGACCAUGCCCUUCGCGACGAGCCGCCUCAUCGCGAAGGGCACGAUCGAGAACCUUCCCCGCGGGCCCAAGGGCCUGAGGUUCGCCGUCAAGCUCAGCGUCGACCACAACAUGCGGAUCACGCUGACGGCGAACAUGAUGAGCGGCGGCGAGCCGCUGACGCUGUCCGGCCGCAUCGACGACGUCGUUCCCGCGCAGGCGAGCCCCGUGGCGGCCGGGAACGCCGUGCGGAGCAGGGAGGCCGGCGCGAGCGGCCGCAGCAGCGGGCGCUCUCCCGGGCGGGCUCGCACCGACCGCAGUCGACCGCGCGAGGAGAGCUCGGGCCCCGUGGAGGGGGAGCGGUCCCCGCGGCGCCGCCUGUUCUAG